CUCUAUCUCUCUCCAACCAUCACCUGAGACGGAUCCUCAUUCACACGCGCCGCCACUCCCCACCACCAAUACAAACAUCACUCACACAUCGCACCCACCACUCUUUUCCUUCCACCAAUUCAAGAUUGCAAACCAACACACGAUUUCAACAAACUUCCAGCUUUAAUUUAUGAAUCGAACUCGCCUAUUUACAGAUGGGAGGAGUAACAUCAUCUAUCGCUGCCAAGCUCGCUUUCUUCCCACCUAGUCCCCCGUCUUACACGGUGGCCGUUGAUGCUUCUGGUGACGGCCGGCUCAUUAUUCCCGAGGUUCCCAGGAGGGAUGGCGUUGAUGUGUUGAAGCUUCAGACUAAAAGAGGUAACCAAAUAGUUACCGUACAUAUCAAACACCCCAAAGCUCGAGCCACCCUUCUUUAUUCUCACGGUAAUGCCGCCGAUUUGGGACAGAUGUUGGAGCUUUUUGUCGAAUUGACUCAUCGUCUUCGCGUUAAUGUUGUUGGCUAUGAUUACUCGGGAUAUGGACAAUCAAGCGGAAAGCCAUCUGAGUGUAAUACGUACGCGGACAUUGAUGCAGUAUAUAAAUGCCUUAAGGACAUAUAUGGGGUUAAAGAUGAUGAACUAAUCCUAUACGGUCAAUCCGUUGGUAGUGGUCCAACCAUUGAUCUUGCGUCACGUGUACCGGACUUGAGAGGCGUGGUUCUACAUAGCCCUAUCCUCUCGGGGCUGAGGGUACUCUAUCGUGUCAAAAGAACCUAUUGGUUCGAUAUUUAUAAGAACAUUGAGAAGAUUGGUUUGGUGAACUGUCCUGUUCUGGUCAUUCAUGGAACAGCAGAUGAAGUUGUGGAUUACUCUCAUGGAAAACAGCUAUGGGAGCUCUGCAAGGAGAAGUACGAACCGCUAUGGCUAGACGGGGGCGGCCAUUGCAACCUUGAGCGCUACCCGGAGUUCAUCCUACACUUGAAGAAGUUCAGUUUGGCUGUUGGAAGACCAAAAUCCGUCAAGAAUGGGUCUAAAGAUGUCGAGAACCAGAAGAAAGGGGCUUCUGAUCUGCCAGAAUUUCCUAGGAGUAGUUUAGAUGGUAGAGUCAAGAAGUCGAACAAAUGUGACAAGUCUCGAAAAAGCAUCGACGGGUUCAGAAGAAAAAAGGGCUUAGCAUGGUGACAUUUCAGUAUUUACUCUAGUUUUCCUGUCUCUUUAUUUCUUCUAUUCUAUGCCAUGUAAAGUAGAACCACGAAUAAGUUUAAAAAUAUAUAAAUAGAAGUAUUAUUUGCAAUUGUUGUAAUCUAUAUAUGCAAAGUGAUACAUUUACACGGUAAUCUAGUAAUACAUAAUGCUUAUCAAAC